UAGCCAUUCACAACCAAAACACCUUAUCUUUCCUUGCCAAUCAAGAAACACAAACCAGAGGAAGAAAACAAGAGAACACAAAGAACACAACCUUUCUAAUUCUCCUUCCUCUCCCCCACCCUUUAAUGCAACAAUGGGGAAUUGUUGCUCCGGACGGGACUCAGAAGAUGGACACACACAAGACAAGGGCCUGACCGAUUCAAACACGGCUGGUCCAACGGCUGAACCUCCUGUAGCACAAUCCAAACACGCCCCUCCUUCACCACCUCCCGCAACAAAGCAAGGCCCUAUAGGACCUGUCUUAGGCCGUCCCAUGGAAGAUGUAAAAGCCUCAUAUUCUCUAGGCAAAGAGCUAGGCCGUGGACAGUUUGGUGUCACGCAUCUCUGCACGCAGAAGGCAACAGGUCAGCAGUUCGCUUGCAAGACCAUUGCCAAAAGGAAGCUUGUGAACAAAGAAGACAUUGAGGAUGUAAGAAGAGAAGUGCAGAUAAUGCAUCACAUGACUGGUCAGCCAAACAUUGUCGAGCUUAAAGGAGCUUACGAGGACAAGCAUUCUGUGCAUUUGGUCAUGGAGCUUUGCGCUGGUGGAGAGUUGUUCGAUAGGAUUAUUGCUAAAGGACAUUACUCGGAGAGAGCAGCUGCUUCUUUGUUGAGAACAAUUGUUCAGAUUAUUCAUACUUGCCAUUCAAUGGGGGUUAUCCACAGAGACUUGAAGCCUGAGAACUUUCUGCUGCUCAGCAAAGAUGAGAGCUCUCCUCUCAAGGCCACAGACUUUGGUCUGUCUGUUUUUUACAAGCCAGGGGAGGUGUUCAAGGAUAUAGUUGGUAGUGCUUAUUACAUUGCACCAGAGGUUUUGAAAAGGAAGUAUGGACCAGAAGCUGAUAUUUGGAGUAUUGGUGUCAUGUUGUAUAUCCUCUUAUGUGGUGUUCCACCCUUCUGGGCUGAAUCGGAGAAUGGAAUAUUCAACGCCAUCUUAAAGAGCCAUGUUGAUUUCUCAAGUGAUCCAUGGCCAUCCAUCUCACCUCAAGCGAAGGAUCUUGUUAAGAAGAUGCUCAACUCUGAUCCAAAGCAAAGACUAACUGCUGCUCAAGUUCUCAACCAUCCAUGGAUCAAGGAGGAUGGAGAAGCACCAGAUGUUCCUCUUGACAAUGCAGUGAUGUCCAGGCUCAAGCAAUUCAAAGCAAUGAACAAUUUCAAGAAAGUUGCAUUACGGGUGAUAGCAGGUUGCUUAUCAGAGGAAGAGAUCAUGGGGUUGAAGGAGAUGUUUAAAGGUAUGGACACUGAUAGCAGUGGAACAAUUACACUCGAGGAGCUGAGACAGGGACUAGCUAAGCAAGGUACAAGGUUGUCAGAAUACGAAGUUCAGCAGUUAAUGGAAGCUGCUGAUGCUGAUGGUAACGGAACAAUAGACUAUGGUGAGUUCAUCGCAGCCACAAUGCAUAUUAACAGACUUGACAGAGAAGAACAUCUCUACUCAGCAUUCCAACACUUUGACAAAGACAACAGCGGAUAUAUCACAAUGGAAGAGCUGGAGCAAGCUCUCCGGGAGUUUGGGAUGAGUGAUGGCAGAGACAUCAAAGAGAUAAUUUCAGAGGUUGAUGGAGACAAUGAUGGUCGGAUAAACUAUGAUGAAUUUGUGGCAAUGAUGAGAAAAGGAAACCCGGAUCAGAUCCCAAAGAAACGGCGUGAACUUUCAUUUAAAUAACCCAAAUGUUGAAGUAGAGGAAGAGAGAAGAUAGAAAGAGAGCAGAAAAAGACAAAGGCACAUCAAAAAAAAUUAUAAGUAUGAACUGGAGGAGAUCUUUAAGGGUGGAGAAGGAAAAAAAAAUCAUUAAUUGGGGAUAUGGGGAGGUGUUUGAUUUGUAUGUAGAUUUUCUUUUCUGGUUGUUUACUACUACUGCUGCUGCUUGAAGUGCCAUGGGGUUUCUCAAUGUACUUAAAACUUCUUUUUCAAAUUCUCUUGUAUGUGUUAGUGAUAUUUGUUCUUACUCUCUAGCAAAACACUUGAAACCA